AUGCGCACCGUGAUUAAUUGGCAUCGCCGCUUCUCCUCUCUUGGUUGGACAAUCUAUGUCCUAAACACCGUACCAGGAUCUCCUCUCAACGUUUCCAACUUCAUCGACACUUCUUCACGAUCCGAGGUCCCGGAAGCCUUCAUAAACGGCACGAUCAAUGGCACAUACGCUCGCCAGCAUACUUCUGACCUGAUUCGCUUUCCCCUGCUACUCAAGUAUGGCGGCAUAUAUCUUGACGUUGGAGUGUUGCAGUUUGGCGACCUAGACUGGCUGUGGACCGAGCAUAUCACCAAUCCUGCAUCGCCGUACGACUUCGCUGGAUUCACAAUGAGCCCUCCGCCGGACGGGAUUUCCGUCGCCAACUUCAUGUUCAUGUGUGAAGCUGGCAAUCCGCUUAUUCGGCGUUCACACCACAUUCUGCUCAAGGUGUGGGAAGGAAAGACGAACACAACUGGAGCGCAUCAACAUCCAUUCGUCAAUCAUGUGCCUUUGAUGCUCGUUCCACCAGGUGCUAGCCAAGCAGCUAUGACGGACUACGCGAUCCAGAUCCAGUGUAUGGGAGCUGCGCAGCGCUGGAAAGAUGAUGACGAUGGCUGGGAUGGGCCCAAAUACGUGCGCGAGCAUUGCUGGCUCUACGACAUGAUUAGCUGCGCCUUUUCACAUGAAGUAGCGACAAAUUGGAGCAGCCAACGACAAUGGGAGCUUCUGAAGCAGAAGCUACCACGGUCCGGUGAGGAGGAGACCGAGGAUCAGGCACUCGCAAGAAGCAUAGUUGAAAAUACGGUCUCAAAUACUUGGGCCUUGAAGCUUGCUCACGGCUUUUUGGUGGAGCUUUUCGGUACAGAUACCUUGGGCGUGCUUUGGCGGAAGAAUGAAGGCAGUGACUGCGAGGAUGGAACGUAUGCUGGAUGGCUGAGAUGGGCAGAGGUAAAUCUUAAGCAGGAUCACGUGCCCAAGCCGAUGGACGUCCCGGUGUAUGAGCCAACUAUUAAGGCUAAGUUGCUAUAG